AUGUCUGAAAACGAGAGUGACAAGUUCGCUGAGGAUGAUCUAAGUUUAUCCUCCCAUGCGUUAUCGGCCCUAAAUGAAUUUUUUUUGGAACAGCAAGAGCAACAACAAAGGUUCGAACAACUAAAACAAAGCUCUUCAAUUCAAAUUUAUUCGGAUACAGAACAAGACAAGGCCAAUGGUGUUCAUAUGGACUUUUUUAAGGAAGAUUGGCAGCUAAGCCAGUUUUGGUAUUCCAAAGAAACAACUGAUAUAAUAAUUCAAGAAGUUCUAAUGCACACAAGUGAAGAGGACCGUGUUGCAUGUAUUAGCACUCCAACAGUAUUUGUCAAACUAAAAUCAAUUACUCCAGCUCUAAAACGAUCGAUCUAUCUAUUCGAAUUUGACACCCGAUUCGAUAUAUAUGGUUCCGACUUCUUUCGAUAUGAUUAUAAAACUCCUACAGAAUUUCGCGAUUGUUCAAAGCUUCGAAAUACUUUUGAUUUUAUUGUAGUAGAUCCGCCAUUCCUGAGUGAAGAUUGUUUUACUAAAACCAUGAUCACUGUUAGAUGGCUUGGGAAAAAAGACACCUGCAAGAUUUUAUUGUGUACUGGUGCAGUUAUGCAAGACCUGGCUGAUCGAUUAGUCAAGGCUCGAAUGACUUCUUUCUACCCUCAGCAUCAAGGUGGAUUAGCCAACGAAUUUCGCUGUUAUAUCAAUUAUCAAAGUCAAAAUAUAAAAUUGGAUUAA